UCUGUAUAAACUCGUUCCUUGCAGAACCAGGGGGCCAAAUGGCCAAUUGAGAAAACAAAGGAAUGCUCAAGGACGAGAUAAGACUAAUUGGGAAGUUUCUAUUCUCUUGCAGGGCAACAAGGAAUACACAAACCUAAAUUAGGAGGCCAGAAUUGGGUACUAAGCUGAUGUCUCUGAGGGUAUAAAAGGACGCCAUACCUUCCCCAAGAUUACCAUGGGUGAUUUUGAAAAGGGUAAAAAGACCUUUGUUCAGAAAUGUUCACAAUGCCACACGGUUGAAAAAGGUGGAAAGCACAAGGUAGGCCCUAAUCUCUGGGGACUCUUUGGACGGAAAACAGGGCAAUCUGCAGGAUUUUCUUAUACAGAUGCAAACAAGAAUAAAGGUAUUGUCUGGAAUGAAAAUACACUGAUGGAAUAUUUAGAGGAUCCAAAGAAAUAUAUUCCUGGAACAAAAAUGGUCUUUGCUGGCAUUAAAAAUAAAAACGAAAGAGCAGAUCUCAUUGCAUAUUUGAAAAAGGCAACUUCAUCAUGAAACACUGUAGUUUCUGACUAUCAAAAUAUUCCGUCUGGUGUUUUAUUAUUGUUCUGGCAGGGGUUUAUUAGUUAUUGUAUUAAAAUAAAUAUAUUUCUUUAAAAAUUAAA